GAAUGACUGACGCGGAGGAACUUUGAACAGGUUCUUAUGGUUUCAUAACUCCUCCUCCGCGUGACUUAAUCUGAAGUAUCUGCAGUAAACCACACCAAACGUCCAACCUGAAGUGUCAACGUCAGACUGCCUGAUAAAACAGGGUUUACUAUAGAAACCGCUUCCACCAGCCCUUAUAAAGAUGUAUAGUUUUGACCAACUUUUGCGACAAGCUGGAGACUUCGGGUUGUAUCAGAAGAGGAUCUCUCUCCUGGGGUCUUUGCCUAUUUUGUCACUCGCGUUUGUGCUGAUAGGAAUCGUAUUCUUAGGGUACACACCAGACCACUGGUGUAAAACUUCGGGUCUCCGGGAGAAAUGCGGUUUCUCGGAGCAGCAGGUCCGCGAUCUGACGGUUCCCCGCACGGGGUCGCGCGGCUCCUUCAGUAAAUGCGCGAAGUUUGACGCGCUUUGGAACGGGAGCGCGCUUACAUGUAAUAUCUCCAUUGACCGGUCCACUUUUACCAACAACAGCACACAUCUAUCCUCUUGUAAUGAAGGCUGGGCCUUUAAUGAGAACCGGAGCACCAUUGUUACAGAGUUUUCAUUGGUUUGUGAAGACUCUUGGCUUGCAGACCUGAACCAAGUAUCUUUAGCUGGAGGGUUUUUUAUAGGUGCCCUGGUGACUGGAUACCUAGCAGACAGGUUUGGGAGAAAAUCUUGUUUUAUUGCAUCAAUAUUUGGCCUUGCAGUUUCUGGGAUAUGCAUUAUUUUUUCACCAUAUUACCCCCUCCUCCUGUUUUUUCGAUGUUUGCAAGGCUUUUUCGCCAAAGGUGCAUGGACAGCCACAUAUGUGUUGGUUAUCGAAUUCUUUGGAUCAAACAACAGGAAAUUUGUUUCUGUUAUGUCCCGUACUAUGUACUCAUUGGGUCUGGUGAUCCUUCCUGCUCUGGCGUAUUACAUUCCUUCAUGGAAAAACCUACAGCUGGCAAUGACUCUACCAACUUUCAUCUUUCUGAGCUAUCACUGGGUUAUUCCAGAGUCUCCCAGAUGGUUACUGUCACAAAGGAAGACAAAAGAAGCUGUUAAAAUUGUUGAGAGCAUCGCCAAGUGCAAUAAAAGAUCACUUCCUGAAGACUUUCAAGAGAUGGAUCUGCUGAUAGAAAAACAAGAGGAAAUUGUUCGCCCUUCAUAUAAAGAUUUAUUUAAGACUCCUGAAAUGAGGAAACACACCCUCAUCUUGAUAUAUGCAUGGUUUACUGGAGCAGUAGUGUUCCAGGGUUUGGUGUUACGUUUAGGAAUCACAGGAGACAAUGUUUUCCUGGAUUUUCUCAUUUCAGCUGUGGUGGAGCUUCCAACUGGAAUUAUAUUUUAUUUCUUAGUUGACCGAAUUGGCAGACGCCCUCUCAUGGCAACAGUCAACUUUAUUGGAGGGGCCGCUUGUUUGGCUGUGCCAUUUAUUCCGCCGAACGUUUCGUGGCUGAAAAGAACCAUUGCGAUAAUUGGCAGACUGGCUGUUGCUAUUGGGAAUGAGACUGUGAAUUUUGCUAAUGCAGAACUGUAUCCAACACCACUCAGAAACUUAGGCGUAUCGGUGUGCUCGUCAGCCAGUGACAUUGGGGCAAUUGUUGCUCCGUUUAUUCUGUACAGAUUAGCUAGUAUUUGGCAAGAGCUUCCCCUCUUUGUCUAUGGGGCCAUGUCAGUUCUGUACAGUGGACUUGUGAUGCUUUUACCAGAAAUGAGAGGUGUUGAUCUGCCAGAAACUGUGGAUGAUGUGGAAAAUAUGAGACGCAGGCGCAAACACAAGGAAAAAGAUGGGCCUUCGGUUCCUGAAAUCAACAUUGAAACAAUGAAAGCAACUGAGAGUACAUCCUAGAAAUUAAUUCCUUUACAAACAAUAAAUGUAAUCAGAACAUUUAUGGUUUAUUGUAUAUCCCAGUACUGUAAAAUUAGCAUAAUUGAAUAUAUGUAAUAUGCAUCUAAAAGAAAACAGUAUAGGUGCAUUCAUUAUUUUAGACAUUUUAAUGACUUUUUUAAUGCUUUAUUUGCUUAUUUGUUGACUAUAUUUCUUUUGUUCAUUAAAUGUGUCUCUUCAUAUUUAA